AGGUAAAAUCCUCCCAUUGAAUUCAUUUGGAUGAAUGGAAAACAAUCAUUCAAAGCCCUGAAUUAAUAGUCAGUCUUUCAUUAAUACUAUACUUCAUAAUGCCGUAACUUAUUGACCAACUGCUGAGGACUGGAGCUAACGACUGUCUCUGUGCAUAGUUGUUCUACCUAACCACGUCCUUUUUCCUUACUUUCAAAUUGUUAUACCCAUAUAAGACAGUCUGUUUCCUGUCUCAUUCAUUUACGUGGUUACUCUUUACCACCUGUUCUAGUAUCCCUUACUGUUUUCAUACUUAGAUACCUGUAAAACAAACUUGUGCUAAAAAAAACAACAUAAUUCUCAAUGUAUAACCUGAUAGUUUUAUUUUAUUUCUAUCUACUCGGUGGUAUACCAUACGGUGUUCAAUCCCGAUUUCUUCCUCUUGUAUUACGUAAUAAAGGUGUAUCGUUGACUUCAUUAGGCCUGUAUAAAUUAUUUCACAUUCCUUGGUUAUUUAAAAGUUUUUAUGCUCCAGUAAUCGAUAGACAUGUGAAUAAAAGACUUUGGCUAUUUCUCACUUUCAGUGGUCUUUUCUCCUGUACAUUGAUAUUAUUGUAUGAAAGUGAAAACCUUAUCAGUACUGAUAAUACCUUUAUGUAUUGUAUACCUAUUUGUCUUUUCCUGUAUAACUUUUGGGCUGCAUCACAAGAUAUUACUGUUGAUUCAUUGACAAUAUCAAUUUUAAGGUUGGAUCAAUUGUCAUUGGGGAAUACUAUACAAGUGGUUGGAUAUAAAGUUGGUGCAAUUAUCGGUGGCGGUUUCUUGUCUUGGUUAUCUGGUUUUGUUAAAAUAAGCUAUCUUUUUAUGUCAAUUGCUUGUUUAUAUGCAUCUGGAAUGUGUUUUUGCUUGAUUGGAAGAUUUUGGAAGACACUCAAUAGUGAAAGCAGCGGGUCGUGUAAAGGAUUUAUUGAAGUAAAUGCUGAUGGGGAGAAAUCAAAAGAUCAAGAAGGGAAAGAAGAAAAAGAAGAAGAAGAGGAUAAAGCAUAUUCAUAUACAAAAGCUUUUAGAAUAGCUCUAGUGAAUUCACGAAGUUCACGUUAUCUUAUAGGCCUUUUGCUUAUUUAUAAACUCGGGGAACAAGGCGCUAUGAAUAUGCUACCGUUGAUGCUUUUUGAUCGUGGUUUCUCUUUGUCGAAAAUUGGUUUUUGGACUGGUGUACUUGGUCAACUGGCAUCGAUUACUGGUUCUACAUGUGGACAUUAUAUUCAGAAGUACUUUAGAUCUCCGUUAAUUUCCAUUCUUUACCUUAUGACGAUUCGUUUAUGUUUACAAUGUCCUAUAUUAUUGAUUGCUUUCAAUUCAGUCUGGACGAGUAUGCCUAAUGUGUCUUUCGGGAUAGGCUGUCUGUUUAUGAAUUGUAUACUGUUUACCAGUGGUGCUAUAACAACAAUUAUGUUCACAAUAAUGAUGUAUUGUACACGCAGUGAAACAUCUACAGAGCAUCAAGCCACGCACUAUACAAUAUUGAGUACAGCAGAACUUUUAGGCAAAUUACUCUUCAGUACAGUGGCUGCUUAUGCAACAGAUAUUUGUGGAUAUACACUGACCAAUCUGGGAUUUUUUGGUCUGUCUAUACUUCCAGUUGUAUAUAUGAAUAAGUAUUAUAGAAAAUUUCAAUUUUGUUCAUGAAGUGUAUAUAACUUGGAUUAAUGGUAAUAUUGUUUCAAGUGAACAAGGUUUGUUAUGCAUUCAAGUUACCACAGAAUAAUCUGGAAUAAAAAGGAUGCAUCUUCCAUUUUUCAACAGUUAUACCUCAUAGCUUCUUUUUUUUCUGUAUAACCCCUCUGUGACAUUGGGCUGGGUGCGAGGGUAUGGGAAGAAUGAGCUGUAGAAAAGAAAAAGCCACGCAAACACGAUUUCUUCUUGUAUGAUCUUACUGCCUGUUUUUCAGAAAAAUUGAGUGUUUUAUUACUUCUUUGUAUAUUAUUUGUUGUCAUUGUAUAACUUCGUUCUUUCAUAAUGUGUGUUCGUGUGUGUUUUAUUACAUGCUGAAUUUCUAUCCGUAAAGGAUAUUUCAUGAAUUAUGAAACAAGGGAAUGUUUUCCACAUAGAGUUCCACGUGUGUGUUAGUCUGUAUUAGUAGAGGUGUAACUAAUCGUGAGAAGAUUUAUUCCCCACUCUCCUUGGUAUCUUUCAG